AUGUAUUUGCUGUUUGAUAUUAAAGGAAGUAAAGAUAUGAAUGACUUUUUUCUUUUUGUGCUAGAUUUCUUAUGUUUUUGGGGAGUGGUCUUCAUAGCAACAACAACACUUGUUGCUUUACUGAAAAAAGAAAAACGGGAAACUGCUACAUCCAAAGAAGCAACAGGUGGAAUUCUGGAAACGUACAAAUUGCUGUUUACUAUAGUCAAGAUGCCUGCUGUUUUUUCAUUCUGUCUAAUGUUUUUAACUGCAAAAAUUGGAUUCUCUGCUGCUGAUUCAGUGACUGGCUUGAAACUUGUAGAAGAGGGUGUACCCAAAGAACAGCUUGCUCUUCUGGCAGUUCCAAUGGUACCUCUGCAAAUACUGUUACCACUAGCCAUCAGCAAAUACACAGCUGGACCUCGGCCUCUGGAUAUAUUUUAUAAGGCUAUGCCUUAUAGACUGUUAAUGGGCCUGGGUUUUGCUCUGCUGGUUUGGUGGACACCACAUGUGAAGUCUGAAGAAGGGUUCCCCUUAUAUUAUUAUGCUGUUGUCCUGCUAAGUUAUGCUUUACAUCAGGUUGCAUUGUACAGCAUGUAUGUUUCCAGUAUGGCUUUCCAUGCCCAAGUCAGUGACCCCCUUAUUGGGGGAACAUACAUGACCCUACUGAAUACUGUUUCAAAUCUGGGAGGAAAUUGGCCUGCAACAGUUGCUCUCUGGUUAGUGGAUCCCCUGACUGUGAAAGAGUGUCAAGGAUCAUUGGAUCAGAACUGUGGAUCCCCAGAGUCUGUAGAGCUAUGCAAAAAGUUGGGUGGAUCUUGUGUUACGACUCUGGAUGGAUACUACGUUGAGUCUGUGGUCUGUAUUAUCAUUGGAUUUUCCUGGUGGUUUCUGCUUGGACCUAAACUUAAAAAACUACAAAAUGAAGGACCAUCUUCGUGGCAUUGUAGAAAGAAAAAAAAUUGCGACGACAUCCCAAGCUGAUUAAAAAGAAAGAGCUUUUAUCAUUCUGCAUCUGUAGAUAAUAUAUUUUUAUAUAUAGAUGUAUUAAGAUAUGGUUAACCAUGGCAAGCCAUGGUAUAAAUUACUUCCAAGUGCUUCUAUUGCACAGUUUAUAUGAAUAUUGAAAAUCUUUAUAUGGUAUGUAUUUCUUUAUUAUGUGCUUCUGUAGCACAGUUUGUAUGGACACUGAAAAUGUUUAGUACUUUCUUUAUAAAUAUGAGUUUAGUUA